CCCCGGCCGGGGUUCCCCAGCCCGCCCCGCCCCCGGGGCCGCCUCCCGCUCGGGCGGCGGGGGAAAAGCGCUGCCCUCCCCCGCCGCGGGGUUCCCCCUCCGCCGAGGCCCGGCCCGCCCUGCGCCGGAUCCUGCGAGCCGUUAAAGGAGAGCAACCAUCCUCCGCCCCCGGCGGGGAAGGCGGAAGAGCGGAGCAGCAGGAAGAGCGGCGACAGCCACCCCAGCUCUGCCUGGCUCCUCUUCGGGUUUAUAUGCACCUGGCCGGAUUACUGCUCGCCCUGCAGAAGAAAGAGAAGGGGCAGCAGCGUGACCGCGGCUCACCUUCCCCAGCCAUGUGCUCGGUAAGCGAGGGUAGCAGUACGGACCCCUUGGCGGCCCGCUUCAAACAGGUGGAGGAGAUGUUGGAGAGGCUACACCGGGAGAACAGGAGCUUGAAGAACAAAGUGCCUCGGUACAACGUGCUCUGCACUUUGUACCACGAGUCCGCCCAGCAACUGAAGCACCUCCAGCUGCAGCUGGCUGCCAAGGAGGCGACGAUCCGGGAGCUGCGGAGCAGCCUGGCCCGGCUGCAGCAGCGGCAGCAGGAGCAGGAGCCGCCGGCGGGGGCGGCGGGCGCCGAGCCGGAGCCGGAGCCGGAGCCGGCCCGCUCGCUGGUGGAGAGCCUGCUGGAGCAGCUGGGCCAGGCCCGGGAGCAGCUCAGGGACAGCGAGCGACUCUCGGCGCGAAGAGUGGAAGCUCUGAGCCAGGAAGUACAGAAGUUGAAUCAGCAGCUAGAGGAGAAAAAUGGAGAAAUACAGCAGAUGAUAAAUCAGCCUCCAUAUGAAAAGGAAAGAGAAAUCUUACGACUUCAGAAGAGCUUGGCAGAGAGAGAGAAGGCUCAGGCCACCAGCGAUGUUUUGUGCCGUUCACUCACUGAUGAAACUCACCAACUUCAACGCAAAUUAGCAUCCACAGCAGAAAUGUGUCAACAUCUGGCAAAAUGUCUAGAAGAGAAGCAAAGAAGAGAGAAGCGGAAUUCAGAUGACCAGACACCUACUGAAAGAGCUAAUCAGGUUUUAGACAAUGAAACUUCACUUCAAGCUCUUAUCUGCAACCUACAAGAUGAAAACAGGAUGUUAAAACAAAAAGUAGCUCACGUGGAAGACUUAAAUGCAAAAUGGCAGAAAUAUGAUGCGAGUAGGGAUGAGUAUGUGAAGCGACUCCACUUGCAGCUCAAAGAGAUGAAGUCACAACUGGAUCUGCAGCAUGGCAUAACUUCAGCACAAACAAACUCUGACCUGAUGCACAAGGAAAUAUUCCGGUUAAACAAACUGCUGGAAGAAAAAAUGAAUGAAUGCAUAAAAACUAAGAGAGAAUUAGAAGAUGUGAAGAAGGCUAGUGAAGGAGAUAACGAGCGCAUACAAAUGCUGGAACAACAGGUCCUAGUUUAUAAAGAUGAUUUCACAUCUGAGAGAUCAGACAGAGAACGAGCACAGAGUAAAAUACAAGAGCUUCAGGCAGAAGUUGCAUGUCUGCAACACCAGCUAGCCAGAAGACAGGACUCAAGAGACACAAGUAGUCAUUUCAGAGUUCACAUUGGUAACCAAAAUCAUAUGUACGUACAGACAAAUGUUGAACAUCUACGAGGCAAUAGCCCGGGCCAAACAGGCAUGAGAAGAACAUCUUCACAGUCUGAACAAGCUUCUCCUCCUGCGGACAAUGGGAACUCUGGAUCCGAGGGCAGGGCACAGGGUGAACUUAGAUGCCCUCAUUGUAUGAGGUUUUUCAGUGAUGAACUCAGUGAUGAAUUCCUCAAACACGUUGCUGAAUGUUGUCAGUGACCGUGUGAUGUGAGGCAUGUAAGUUGAUCACUACUUUAUAGACAGUAAAACUUCUCUCUGUAUGUAUCUCCUACAGUCCUAAAACAGAGUAAUUCAAAUGGACAGCUCUUAGGAAUUAGGAGGAUGAACAGUAUCUACCUCUUACUUGAUUUCACCUUCUCUUGGACUGUAUGAAAGACUUCAAGAUAAAGCAAAGUGUUUUUAUGAAGAAUUAUUUUUGACAACUACAAGGAAGGCGAACAUAAUGCAAAUUCUACUACGAACUAAACUGAAACUUACAGUGCUAGUUCACUUCAGGGUGCAGCUUGUAUUUGAAUCUAAUUCUUUACAGCAGCCUGAAGGCUUGUGAAAAAAAUGACUGAACUUGAAAGUUUUCUCCUCUUCGAAAAAUGUAGACUGAAGAAUGGGGGAGGAGCAUUUUGGCAGAAGACAGGAAAAAUCGUACUGUACUUUAUCUGGAUUAAAAGCAAAAGUAUUUUCUUGUCUAUUGAGGUUGAACUUUCAGAGGCCUCUUCUGAAAAUCCUUGUGUUCAACUGAAAUCAGGAGAAGCAAAGAACAUAAAUGGACUGGUUAUUGACUAAAACUAGCCUGUCUUUUUGCACAGAAACGAUGUACAGAGCUAUUUAUUUUUCUGUGCUAUAAGUAACUAUUUUACAUGUUUGUAAAUGCAUGUUUGUGUAAUUAUUGACUGUAUUCCUAUUCCACAUAAGGGUUAUUUUUAUAAUAAAAGUGAUUGUGCAUUUGCUUUACUACAUUAGUAAAGUGGUCAAAAAUCUC